AUGUCGACAUCCGUAAAACAUCGCGAGUUUGUUGGAGAGCCAAUGGGCGAGAAAGAAGUUACCUGUGUUGCCGGAAUCGGACCAACUUAUGGAACAAAAUUGACCGAAGCUGGAUAUGAUAAGGCCUACGUCCUUUUCGGACAAUUUCUCCUCUUGAAGAAGGAUGAAGAGAUGUUCAUUGAAUGGUUGAAGGAAACAGCCGGAGUAACCGCCAACCACGCCAAAAGCGCGUUCAAUUGCUUGAACGAAUGGGCAGAGCAAUAUAUGUAA